CACAAACACCCAAAAAAGAGAGAAUAUGAUUCUCUGCUUCUCAAGUUUCUGCUACUUUUGCAGCUCUCUCACUUCUCAUCGGAGCUGAAUUUCAUCAAUUUUCUCCAUUGAAGAAGCCUAUACGUACACAUAUACAUACAAUUUGCUGAAAAUGGCUGACAAGCCGAGCCGAGCUCUGGUACUGUACGGAGACGGGUUGGCCCGAUCCAUCAGCCCGACCCAAACCCAUCUCCACACGUUCGCUUCUCGGGCCUACUGCGGUUUCAUGGCUCUCCCAAAUGCCCCUCCUUCAGAAAACGAGGAUGCGAGGAUAAUUAGGGAAUUCGCUGAGCUAGUUGAUGCAAAUGAGGCAUUUGAAAACUUGGAUGUGAAAAGUGAAGAUAAGAAUCAAAAACCAAGCCCUUUCCCAAGUAUAGGCGAGAGGUUUAUGGGCAUGAAGGCAGCCAUAAUCACCGACAAUUUAGGUCUCAAGUAUUUUGGGGAUGCUCUCGGUUUCAAAGUAUUUCAAUGGAAUGAAAUAUGCAGUAAAACUCAUUGUAUAACCGAGUCCCCACUUUUGGCCUCUGAUCUGUUGAAAUUGCUUGGGUUUCAAGAUGGGAAGACACAGGAAAACUUCCUCUUUGAUUUAGUUUUUGUUCACUUGGAAGCUAGCAAAAAUGAAAAUGGUCUUAAGGACUUGGAAUUUUUGGACCGUUUGGUUGGUGACUUAUUGCACACUGCAGGACCCGAAACCGAUGUGGGAUCUCGUCUGCACAUGUCCGUUGUUUUGAGUUAUGGGGCUACUUCAGGAGAUAGUGAUUUGGAAUUCUCAUUUGUUGAUGCUAAAUCCAAGAGCAAUGCUGAAACUUUACCUUUUUACCCACGCCAAAGUUACAUGAUGAAAUCAGGCAAGCCAAGGGAAAAUAUCAGGCAACACUGUCCAAUGCUACUUGCCCAGUAUCAGAAGGCAGUGACUCGUGUGGAUAUGGUUAAGUCUUUCUCCUUCAGGGAUUUUGUUGAGAAUGGUGGAAACCUGGUUAUACCAGCCGACAGGUUCCUACACGAAGUGGCGUUUAAGCUUUGGAAGGCACCAAAAUAUGGCGCGUGAGAAUUCGUGAGCUUGAACAAGUGCAGAGGCUCACUCGAUAUUGAACUUUUUUUUGGGUAUGCACUGAUCAGUUUUGCGAUAGUUUUUAUCAUUUUAAAAGUCUCCUGAACGAGCUUUUGAUGCUAAUAAGGAACCCGUGUAUUUUGUCGAACUUGCACUAUUGGUAAAACGAUUAUUCUAAUUUUCCAGCUAUGAGCUACCUUGAGAAACCAAAGUUUACUCUGUUUCAUCUUGUUAGUUUAUACAUUUCACUUCGAUGCAAGAUCGUAAUAGCUGAUUUUCAGUUGGUCGUGAUUAACAUAAUGGUUGAUACUCGCAACAUCUCAAAAUGAAAUAGCUG